AUGGGGAACGUAUUAAAUAACGGUAAAAUUUCAAGCGAGGAAGUCUCGAGUGACAUAAUUGAUGAAGAUAUGUCAAGUGCAUUAAUUUUAUAUACGGAAGAGUUAGAAAAGAAACUGGGAGACAUAAAAAAGUUUAAUUAUCCGGAGUUUAAAGACAGAAAAUUUGUUGGUCGUGGGGGAUCAGCUGUCGUUUAUUCGGCACUUUAUCAAGGGGAAAAGUACGCACUAAAAAGUUUAAAUAAUAACUUAAAUUUGGAUAAAAAAAUAUUUAAGGAGAUAACACAUGUAAUUUCUCUCACUCUUGAUGAAUUAUCAAAAGAAACUUCAGUCAAAUUCAUAAUAAACAAUCCAAAGAAAGUGCCGGAGGAAACUCAAUUAAUAUUAGAAAAUUCCAAUUGCUACCAAAACAAUACUUCUAUUGAACUCAUGCCGGAGGAUAGUCAAUUAAUGUCAGAGCACUUCAAAGACUGUCAAAACAAUAUAUAUAAUUUGUCAAAAGAAACCUCUGCUGAAUUCAUAAUAAGCAAUCCAGAGAUAGCGCCGGAGGAUUGUCAAUUAAUGUCAAAAAAUUCCAAGGAUUACCAAAACAAUCCAUGCGAGCCUAGGCUCUUAAUUAUUUCGCAUUUUUUACCGUGCAAUAUUGUUAAAACAGUUGCUGGUUAUAAAAUCGAAAAGUCUUUUAAUGGUGUGGUGGAUAUACUUAGUGAACUUGCAAAAUCAAGAAAUUUUAUUUGGAUCGGACUACCUGAUGGAGACGUGCCUGAAGAAAGAAAUAAGAUUACUGCACAGCUGAAGGAAUCCUCAUAUUAUCCUGUUUUUAUUGAAAAUUCUUUAAUUAAAAGUCAUGAUAAUUUCUCAAAUUUAACUCUAUGGACACUGUUUCAUUAUUAUUCUGGUGAUAAGCUUUUCUGUCAAGAAGAUUGGGAAGCAUAUAAGUUUGUUAAUGGUCUUUUUGCAGAUGCUAUUAAUGAAAUAGUUCAAGAUAACGAUUUAAUAUGGAUACAUGGUCAUCAUCUUAUGCUUCUACCAGAAAUGUUAAAAAAAAGAAUUGGUAAUAAAAAGUUAAAUGUAAAGAUUGGUUAUUUCUUACAUAUACCGUUUCCUAGUAGUGAGAUUUACAGAAUUCUUCCUGUUUGUGAAGAAAUUUUGACUGGUGUUCUUAAAUCUGACUUGGUUGGAUUUCAAACACUUGACUAUGCUCGUCAUUUUCUGUCUUCAUGCACUAGUAUAUUAGGCUUAUUAACUAAGCCCAAUAGUGUUUACUAUGAAGAUAGGCUUUUACAUGUUGGCGCAUUCCCUAUCGGUAUUGAUCCAGAAAGAUUCAUUGGGAACUUAAAUGAAAUAGAAGUUCAAAGACAUAUUAAAGAAUUGAAAGAAAAAUAUAAAGAUAUUAAAAUUAUUUCAAGCAUAGAUCAAUUGGAUUAUAUUAAAGGUGUUCCACAAAAAUUACAUGCAUUUGAUUUAUUCUUGACUAAACAUCCUGAAUGGAUUGGCAAAGUUGUAUUUAUUCAUGUAGUCAAGCCUUCUCGAUGGUCUACUGAAGAGCGUAAUAAUUUAUUUAAUGUUGUCAAUGAACUGGAUGGAAAAAUAAAUGGCAAAUGUAGUACUUUUAACUUUUCACCUAUUCACUUCAUGCAUUAUAAGCUUUCUUUCGAGGAGUUAUUAGCCCUAUAUACUGUGUCAGAUGCAUUCAUAGUUACAUCAUUAAGAGAUGGUAUGAAUGUUUUACCUCAUCAAUACAUUUCAUGUCAGCAAAAAAAUAAUGGAGUGUUGAUUCUUAGUGAAUUUACUGGUUCUAUUUUAGUAAAUCCUUGGAAUACAGAUGAAUUUUCUAAUGCUAUUUAUGAAGCUGUUACAAUGAAUGAAGAUUUACGAAAAUUUAAUUAUCAAAAACUACAUCAUUAUGUAAUGAAACAUACUGUCUCCUUUUGGGGAAAAAGUUUUACUGAUAAAUUAAAGUGCGUUAAGGGAUAUAGUUCUCAAAUUGUGACCCCACAUUUGGAAAUUAAUCAAGUUGUAAAAGUUGCAAACACUGCUAAUAAGAGAAUCAUCUUAUUAGAUUAUAAUAGAACAUUAAUCACUCAUAAGUUAGCAGAACUAUCAAAUAAUAUAAUUUCUAUUCUUAAAGCGCUUCAAAAAAAAUCAAAUACAUAUGUUUAUAUAUUGUCUGGUCAUUGUAAAGUUUAUCUCGAUGAACAAUUUGAAUCAACUGGAGUUGGUUUGUCUGCAGAACAUGGCUGUUUUUACAAGCAUCCAAAAUGUUUACAAGAAAAAGUAAAUCCUAUUUUAAAUCAUGAAGGAAAGAUUAUAAUGGAAGAAUAUAACGGUUGGUAUAGACUUGUUGAACAAAUUGAUCCUGCAUUAAAGGAAAAAGUUCUUCAUUUAUUUAAUCAUUACAAGGAAAGAACUCCUGGUGCUUCUAUUGAAAAAAGAGAGAUUGGUGUAAUAUGGCAUUAUUGUUCUGGUCCUGAGUUUGGUAAAUUUGGAUUAUGGCAAACUUUGGGUUUACAGGAUAAUUUAAUAAGCAAGUUAGGUUUUAUGCCCUUAAAGACAAUUUUGGGAGAUAAUAAGUUAGAGAUCCGAUCUUCGUUGAUUGAUCAAUCAACUGUAGUUCGAGCCAUCCUUAAAGAUUUAAACGUUACACAAGAUUCCUUUGUACUUUGCAUUGGUGACGAAAGUCCAGAUGAACCUGUAUUUUCCCUACUAAAAAAUGAUGAAUUUAAAUCUUUGAAUUAUUUUACGAGUACGGUUGGGAAAAAACAAACGGAUGCUAAGUUUUUCCUUGAAGAUAUUCGCGAUGUUCAAAAUUUAUUAGAAAAAUUGGCAUCAGUUCUGUCUGAUUAA